GUGACAUCACUGGCUAGACACACCAUUUUGUUUGAGAGGAAAAAAAUCGUGGAAAACGUUUUACUGUGUUAAACCGGACUGUAAAAGUAAUUAUUAGUAAUAAUAUAAUUGUUAGGAAAUAACAAUGGACAACAUUGAGCGACUUUAUAAAUGUUACGAAAUAUUAUCCGAAGCGGGUGAUAAAAUAACUGAGCAUGUUGCGGAAUACAAAGAGAUAUUACAGGCCGUAAAAGGCACAUCGAAGGAGAAGCGUUUGGCAUCCCAAUUCAUUGGCAACUUUUUCAAACAUUUUCCUGAACUAUCGGACACCGCAAUUGAUGCACAAUUCGAUCUAUGUGAAGAUGAUGAUACACAGAUACGGCGGCAAGCUAUCAAAGAUUUGCCCAAGCUCUGCCAGGGUAACUCAGAGGCCACCGUACGCGUGGGCGACACACUAGCCCAGCUGCUUAUCUUAGACGACGCAACUGAACUGCAGCAAGUGAACAAUUCGCUGCUCAGCAUCAUUAAAUUGGAUACGAAGAACGCGAUAACUGGUUUAUUUCAACAAAUCACAACGGGCGAUGAGACAACGCGUGAGCGUUGCUUUAAAUUUAUUGCUACCAAGCUGUUAACAAUGGGCCCGAAUGUCAUCACUAAAGAAAUUGAAGAUUAUAUUGUGGAGGAAGUAAAGAAGGCAUUGCAGGAUGUGACAGCCGAUGAAUUUCAUCUAUGCAUGACCAUUUUGGGCGCCACCAAGCUGGGCAGCACAAUAACCGGCCAUGCCGAGUUGGUCAAGCUGGCAACCGAACAGGCCGAGCUAAACACCGUCGAUGCAGAUACCCUAGCGGUAGAUGAUGAGGUUGUAGAGCGUUUUAUACAAUGUGCCACAGCAGCUGCUCCCUACUUUUCGAAAACCAUCAAAUCAACGCAAUUUGUGAGCUAUGUUUGUGACAAACUGUUACCAAUUAAUACAUGGAAUUUGAUAGCCACUGCAGUGGCACAGGAUCAAAUACAGUUGCGUUUGUUAAAAGUAUUCGCCGAGAUGAUAACCAAUACGGACAAGCUAGAUAAUGCCAAUGAGCGUAUUAAUGCCGUAUACAAUGUAUUAUUGGAGUAUAUGCCCUUGCCAAAACUAAGCGAUGAGGAUACGGCAGAUGUGCCGCCCUCUUUUCAAUUCUCGCAUGCUGAGUGUUUACUAUAUGCAUUACACACGUUGGGCAAGAAGCAUCCAAGCAAUUUAACAUUUGUCGAGGAUGCUGAAAAGCUAAAAGACUUUCGAGCUAGAUUACAAUAUCUAGCGCGCGGUACACAGGGUUACAUUAAAAAAUUGGAGGAGGCUUUAAAAGGCAAAUCAGCGGAGGAACUAAAAACUGAGGAGAAUCAAUUAAAACAAACGGCUUUGAAGACAACAUCAAAUAUAAACGUUUUAAUACGCGAUCUAUUUCAUUCGCCGCCCAUAUUUAAACAUGAUAUUGUGCUCUCCUGGGUUGUACCCAAAAAUGGCAAGCUUGGCAAACGACAUGUGCCCAUCACAUUUGGCGACAAGGGCUCUGCCAAUGGAAAUCAGGAGCAGGAGCAACAGCAGGACAAGAAAUCACGGCCAUCCAAUGAACAGAAGUUCUAUUCCCCACCUUCGGGCAAAUACUCUGGCAAAGUGAAUUCCAACUAUGGCAACAAUAAUCGCGCGCGGCAACGUGGAGGAGGCGGUGGAGGUGGAGGAGGCAACUUUAGGAAUCGACGAUACAAUAGAUAUUAGGUGCACCAGAUAUAGCCAACAAACAACUUUUACAUCCUAGUCGUUAAACAA